AUGAACGCCUUCGACGCCCUCGCCGCCGGCGCGAAGGCGCAAACGGCGCCCAUUGAUACUCUCCCGUGGCUCGAGAAGUACCGCCCCAAGACGCUCGAUGACAUCGUCGGGAACGACGACGCAGUGGAUCGAAUGCGCUCGAUGGUUGCGUCCGGCUUCAUGCCAAAUCUCAUGUUUUGCGGUCCACCCGGGUGCGGAAAGACGUCCGCGAUCGGUGUCUUAUCGCGUGCGCUCUUAGGGGAUAAGUACAAGGACGCGGUGCUCGAGAUGAACGCCUCGGAUGAGCGUGGGAUCGACGUGGUGAGGAAUAAGAUUAAGAUGUUUGCCCAGAAGAAGGUGACGCUGCCGCCGGGACGGACGAAAAUCGUGAUCUUAGACGAAGCGGACGCGAUGACGACGGCGGCACAGCAGGCGUUGCGACGGACGAUGGAGAUAUUUUCGGCGACGACGCGAUUUUGCCUGGCGUGCAACACGAGUGACAAGGUGAUCGAGCCGAUUCAGUCGCGGUGCGCGAUCGUGCGUUUCGUGAAAUUGACAGACGAGCAGGUGUUGAAGCGGUUGAUGACGGUGAUCGAGCGGGAGAAGGUGGCGUACGUGCCAAAGGGUUUAGAGGCGAUCGUGUUCACGGCGGACGGGGACAUGCGGCAAGCGCUGAAUAAUUUGCAGUCAACGGCGCAGGGGUUUGGGUUGAUCGACGAGGAAAACGUGUUUCGAGUGUGCGAUCAACCGCAUCCAAACAUCGUAAGGGACGCUUUGUCGUUCAUUCUUCAGGAGAACAUCGACGACGCGUACGCGCGGAUAAAGUCUCUGUACGAUAAGGGAUACUCGGUUUUCGACAUCAUCGGCACCAUGUAUCGGGUGUGCAAAAAUUACGACGACAACGCCAUGCCAGAAUACAUAAAGCUCGAAUUGAUUCGAAUCAUAGGUUUCACGCAUCUGCGUCUCUCCGAAGGGUGCGCGACGAUGUUACAGCUCGCUGGGGGCAUGGCGAAGAUGUGUGAGCUCGUGCGGGACGCGAAGAGAAUCGGUGGUUACAGCGCCGAGCUCGGGAUCGACGCGAUGUGA